UGUGAUAUUGAUAAUGAUGAUUUGAUAACUUGUGACCACAACAAACAAGUAGACCUCGAUGUAAAAGACACUAUGAUCUACUUCUACGAUUUCAAAAACAAUCUAAACAUUAGCUACAAAAUAGAUAAAUUUAUUGAUGGCAUAUCUCAGUAUCAAACUUUGGACGUCAAAAGGAAAUUGAUAUUUUUCGUCCCAGGAUACAAAUCUAGUAUUUACAAGAAGACUGAAGAGAAAAUACGACAAACAUUUAGCAAUCUAGAUACAUAUCUGAUCAUAAUAGACCAUUCAACUUACACAUCUUCAAAAGGUGGUGUACGAGAUAGUUAUGAGAGAUCUGUCUUGUACACUUAUCAUCUCGGAAGAGCAUUAGGCAAGUUACUCGUAGAUAUCCAUACAAAAGGUUUCCCUUCAAACAAAAUAAAUUGCAUCGGUCACAGCCUAGGAGCUCAAAUGCUCGGCUUCACUGGGACAACGUAUAUAAGACUGACAGGCGAAAAAAUAUGGCGGAUAACAGGGAUCGAUCCGGCCGGACCUUGUUUCUCAAACAGUCAAAUAGAAGAUCAACUUAGAUCAGGUGUUGCUCAGUAUGUCGAAGUAUAUCACUGUAAUGUCGGUGAAUUGGGUACGACCAGUGUGUUAGCUGAUACAGAUGUCUUCAUCAAUAAUGGGAAGAAGCAACCAGAUUGUCAUGAAGGUUUGAUCCCAGGUUACGGCGCUUCCGAAGCAGCGAAAUGCAGUCACAAAGCAUGUGUUAGAUAUUGGGCUGAAACAGUACAUAAUCCCGGUUGGUAUUUGGCUUGGAAAUGUGACUCUUAUAAGAAGUUUUCCAAGGGUAGAUGUGUCCGGAAUGACGUCACAAUUGCUGGAUAUUCUAAUCCCGGUAAUGCUACGGGAUUGUUUUAUGCUUCCACUGAGACUUAUGGUGUUGUUUAGUUGGAAGUAUUAUUUAAGUGUAUUUUUUAAUUUUAAAGAUGUAACCAAAGUACCUAUAAAUAAGACACUU